AUGCUGUGGCUGUUCACACUAGUAACCUUCCUCGCGACAAGCUUCUUCGUCAAGGGCUCGGAUACUCCACUGGACGAAAAGGAAACUUUUGUGACGCUUAAUAGUAUGUACACCAAUGACCUGGUUUGGAGUGAUGAGUUGGCGGAAAAGGCAUUGGACUGGCUCAAGUCACCAGAGCAGCGAAACAAAAUAAAAGCCGAUCUGAUCGUCGGAGGACGAGGCCUCGUCACUAAUGCGAAUGACAAGUUAGUGUGGCAAAAAUUACUCGACGUCUUAGAAAUUCAUUUUGACGAAAAAGAAACAGAACUCGAACGCCUUCCCCCAGGCACACUGUACGGAUGCAACGGCUAUAUGAGC